ACAUUGCUUGCAUUUCUUUUCAAAGAGCACAUUAAACUUUACUUUUAUGGAGAUAUACAGAACUGUUCACAUCAGAGCGAACCAAAACAUGGAUAUUAGAGGUCAAUUUGCUCUCCAAGUACAAGAAAAUUUGUCUGCAAGCCACUUCUCAGAGAUUUUGAUCAUAUUGGGUUCUGAAUCUAUUCCUAUUCUCUUACUGCCACCAAGAUCGCACAAUUGCGUCGUCCAGGGUUUGCCUUAAGAUUUGUCUUAGCAGCCUGCAAAGUCUUUUUUUCACACAAGUUUUGUAACAUCUGAUUGGUGGACAGGGAUUGUUGUUCUCUCGAUGUCGAACCUGGCAAAGUUCCUGGUUUGGGCUUUUGCUUCAGAUCAAGCUUGGAGCCUCCUCCCUCGUCGCCCUUCUCCCACCCCUUCCCCUUCAUCCAGAUCUCGAACCCUCGUCUGGCGCCUCCGGAGAACGGAGAGGAGAUCCUCGACGGAGAUGGGAGGUGGAUUCACGUGGGGGAUCCUCCUCGCCCACGCCGGCUAUGCCACCAGUCAUUAUAGAGCGAUGCUAAAGAUCGUGGAGGAGUUCGGGAGUCCUCCUAUGAAUGCUUUGGUCGAGAUCCUGCUGGGGUUAGCUUUAUCCAUACAUCCUGAUUCUGAAGAAAAUAGAUGGACUGCUGCUGCAAGACCCGCUGCUUCAUUCUCUCCACCAUCUUGGUAGAUCUCAAGCAAUUAGAGAACCUUGCCUAGGCUUUCAAAAGCUGGCAGUGAGAAGAAGUGCACUUUUAGUCCAGAGCUGAAGGUUUACCCUGGUUGAAGAGGAAAUGAGAGAUCAGAUCAAGCAGUUGUGCACUCCUGCUGUAGCCAGGAUGAUGGGUAAGACUUGGGCUCACAGAAAACAACGCAUCUGUGAAAGGUAGCUCGCAGUAGGACAUUAAACAGCAGAAGAAAUUAUCAACACAGCAGCAUGGAUUAAAUCCAACUUCUCUCUAAUUCCUGCAUCUCCAUGCUUUGAGCACCAAAAAUCCCUCUGACCUCAGUCUGGAACAAAUCAAGUCAUACAGUUCAACUGAGAUGAUCAAGUCACAACCGAAGUAAUUGCCUUCCAAUUCUUGCCAAUAAGAUGGCAAUUAUAUGACGGGGUAGCCCAAUUAUUAUUAUCAAGUCCAAUCUUGAUUCAGGAGUUCGAGUGUGGCCAAACAAAUUAAUCUUCUUCUAUCUUCUUGGUGGACCAAAUCUUACAACCACUUCCAACUUUAUCAUCUCAUUUGGAGAUUGUACAAAGUUGAGUGGAAUCAAACCCAAUCUUCAUCAUGGAAAAGAAGAAUGGAAACUUAUCGGACUCCUCUUUUGUACCACUUGAGAAAGACAUCACCUUACCUCUUUUUUGUUUUUUUUUUGUCACCUUAUAUCUUCUUACCCACGUAAAGAGUAAUAUUGAAUUGGAUAAAUGAUUCAAGCAGAGAAUUAUGCAUUGAGAUAGAGUUUACUCUGUCUUUUUACAGAUCAACGUUGCCUUCUUCAGUCCAAUUCAAAAUGCAUAUAUGAGACAAAACUUAGUUGCAGUUUAAAUGCAUCAAUUAUUUCCAUUCAGCAUGUAGUUUUUCAGAUAUGAAAUCAAAUCAGAAAACUAAGAGGCAUGUGCAGAUAAGAUAGUCUACGAGUUUGAAAGAUUUUAUCUGACAAGUUCUAUACACAUUUUGUUCAAGCUUUUUCUCAAGAUAGUGCAUUUCCAUCUGCAUUAUCACGAAGAAAACAGAACAAGAGAACUAUGGAUCACUGAAAAUUCUUCGUGUCAGAAAAGAAAUAAGCACUAAGGCCAAUAGGAGGGAAGACUUUGGCUGUUGCCAUCCAAGCAAUCUUCACCUUCAACCUGAAACUUGCUGUGGCAGUUAAUCUCAGCAUUCUUCCCCAUACUGCAUCCAGUUGGUGUUCUUACAUCACUAUCUGCCUGCGAGAGGGUGUGCUGCAUGAAACCACCAUAUUGAACCAUGGAGAUCGUAUCAGAUAGUGGCACCAUAUGACUCAGGUUGACAUCCGAAGUCGCAGAUGACAGAAGAGAGAGAGCACAAUCGAACAUCCUGCUGCCGCUGCUCCUGCCAUCGUAGGGAGUGACUGCACAAAGAUUCAGCUGACUUUGAGUGGCUUUGUUCCCAGUUUCACCAUCCUGAAAGAUGUGCAGCUGCUUUCUCUCUCCGCCAAAGCUGUAAGAGAUGGAAAAGUUAUGGUGGCUGAUGAGUUGUGGAGGAGUUCUCUUCUCAGUUCUUGUCACAUCUCCAGCCCAGUUUGACUCUGCUGCAGUAGUUGGAUAUACCAGAGGGUAUGUAGAAACCCCUGUCACCGUGCAUGAGAAAGAAAUGGUUAGUGCCAUAAUACAUGUACAAAGUGUGAUGUGGUACACAACCCAGAAGAGAACAGCUACAGCAAUGUCAAUCAAAGAGGUAAACAGAGUUGCACGACGCAAGCUGAUCGAAAUAAAGCGUCCGAAGUGCUUCACUUCCAACAAAAGGUACCUCCUUGGCGAUCUGAGAACAAUCUUCCCGAGUUUGUAGAAUCUGGUUGGGACUUCCUUCGACGCUUGUUAUGCCCAUCAAGGCGUCUCCUACAGCUUCGCUUUACCUCAUCGAAUUCUUGUAGCAGAUGAAACCUACAGAGAAAGGAAGAAGGGAAGAAUGCUGAGCUUCUUCUUUGGGAAGAGAGAGACAAAGUAGAGGAAUUCCAAGAACAAUUGAGCUUUGGUGGUUAGUCCUAAACAUCAAGAGAGGAGCUGUGGCACAACCGAAGGGAAUACAACAUCUCUGCUCUGUUACCUGCUGCAUUGCUGGCAGAAGCGCUGCUCCUGACCGCGGACCACCACCACCGGCGUCUUGGAGUGCGCCUCGCAGACCUUAUGACGCCGGUGAUACUCCCUGCACUUACUAAGAUCUGCCGUGCACCCAUCGACCGAGCACGACGCGCCAUUUGCCGGCGAUCGCGAUCGCGCUCGUGCCCUCUUCGUUGGACCAGAUGGAGACGCCGCCGCCGUCGUCGUCGAUGCAGCAGCUUGGUCGUUCGACUUGUCUGGCAACCCGAAGCAACCGCUGUUCGACCCGCCCGCCGCCGAGCCUACGCUCAGUUCGGCGUCCCGGCCCAGUUCUUCCGGGUUCCAUGGAGAUGCCACCACGGAGUGGAGCGAGCAAGGAAACCAGAACCAUGGUUCCGAGAAAUCAACAAGGGAGCGAGCUGAGGAAAGAUCGAUGGGGGAACCAACUUAGCAAACAGCCAGAGAAAGCUCAUGCAAAGAAAGAAGAUCCAACAACAGCGUCAAGAAACCAGCUUGAAAGUGCAUGACAAGAAUCAACGAGUAGCUAACAUGGCAUCCAUAUCAGACCAUGGAAACCAUCGAGCACAACAACCCAAAGAGGGAGGAGAUGACCGAGGUUAGUAGGGUACGUACGUGCACAGGGAGGCAACAGCAGCCCGGGGAGACUGAUCAUGCAACGCCUGACAUGGAUUCCAAAGACAACAACGACUAUGAAGGGGGGGAAGUCCUGUUGCUGCUCCUGUUCACCUUAUCAUGCACCUCCGCGGGGGAGCAGGCAAGCAUGUGAGUUGGUGGCGUAUAGGUGAUGGGCUUGAGGUAACAAUUAUUGGAAGGGGAAGGGGUAAACAGUCACCCUCGGUGUUGAAUGAGCCCAUGUUCUCUCCUUGCAUGAGUUGGCAAAACACUUGAGGCCUACGCGUCAUUGGAUAUGUGCCGAACGACGUUCUUAUCCUUUGUCCAACACUGGUUCUCUAUGAUUAAAGCUCGAGCAAUGUGCCUUGCGAGGGAAGUGUGCCGAAGGACAUCUGCAGCUCCCCCACCUACCCCCACGAUAGAUAGAGGAAGCGUGAGGAAGAUGGAAGCGGAUCAGUGGAGUACUAACUCCCUAUCGUCUGCUAGCAUCAAACAUGCUCGUUUCUCCGUCGAGGCAUUUUUGUGGUGGUGUAUUUAUAUAUUCGAGUGACUUAUACGUGGUUUAAUGGAAUGGAAAUUUGGAAUCGAGCA